AUGUUGAGCUGCUGUGGCCUCCUUACAAUGCCCCCCCCCGGCGCCUUGACUUGGUGGCUGCCGCAGGAGCAAUGCCGCCUUCUUGACCUCGUUCUCAACCAGCACAAGAGCGUGUUCUUCACUGGCAGUACUCCCCCCCACCAGACUGUCACGGUGCGUGCACUCACCACACUGGGCCGUGACGUGUGUGGCGUGUGCACCAGCGCGGGAACGGGCAAGUCCACUGUGCUGAAGCAGCUCAUCAAUAUGCUCCCCGCCGCCACGACGUUCGUCACUGCCAGCACGGGUGUGGCUGCAGUCAACAUCGGAGGCAUUACCCUCCACCAGUUUGCUGGCGUGGGUCUGGGCGAAGGCACCAAGGUGGAGCUGGCCUACAAGGUGCUGGAGGCACGCGGAAGCGCGGAUAG